AUGUCCCAAAGGUUUAACGCCGGUGCAGGGCCAAGCUACGCAGCAGCAGCCAAUCCAAGCACCCAGUAUGAUCAAAAUUCCUCCGGUGGCGGUCCAUUGGGCAACCUCAAAGAAGUUGCCAGCAAAUUUGAAGACUUCAUUGACACCUACACACAAGGUCUCAAACCUUAUCUUCCUGCCUUCGGUAGAUUUCUCAUUGUCGUCACUUUCAUUGAAGACGCCUUGAGAAUAUUGACGCAAUGGAAGGAUCAGAUGUGGUAUUUGCAGAGACAUCGCCAUUUCUUUUGGAUCUUAGCUUUCAGUUUCCUCGUUAUUAACGUUGUCGUUAUGUUGGCUUGUUCAUUUUUGGUGGUUAGACGCCAGCACGCUUUAUACGCAGUUGGAGGAUUACUUGGUGUUGUCGUCGUUCAAGGUUUCGGCUAUGGCCUCAUUUUCGACUUGAACUUCUUUUUGAGAAACCUUUCCGUGAUUGGUGGUCUCAUGAUGGUUCUAUCUGAAUCAUUCAUCAAGAAGAAGAACAUCUUCGCUGGCCUGCCUUCUAUUUCUGAAACUGACAAGCGCAAGUACUUCCAAUUAGCUGGCAGAGUUCUCCUCGUUUUCCUCUUUAUUGGCUUCGUCGUUCAGGGCGAGUGGUCACUCAUCCGUAUCAUCUUCUCCGUCAUUGGAUUGCUCGCUGUCACCUUGGUUGUCGUCGGCUUCAAAACCAAGUGGUCUGCUACCUUCCUCGUUCUCCUCUUAUCUAUCUUCAACAUCCUCAUCAACAAUUGGUGGUCUAUGCAUCACGCCCACCACCAGCGUGAUUUCCUCAAGUAUGACUUCUUCCAGACUCUCUCUAUUGUCGGUGGUUUACUCUUGCUCGUCAACAUGGGUCCAGGUGGCAUUUCUGUUGAUGAGAAGAAGAAAGUUUACUAG